AUGGGUAAUAUGGCAACAGAGAUUGUUGCCUUCCUUCUCACCAUAUCCGGAUGGAUUCUGAUCUCCUCAACGCUCCCAACUGACUACUGGAAAGUGUCGUCAGUGGACGGGACAGUCAUCACCACAGCAACCUUUUGGUCCAAUCUCUGGAAGACGUGCGUUACGGAUUUCGGAGUCUCCAACUGCAAGGACUUUCCUUCUAUGCUUGCACUGGAUGCUUAUAUCCAGGUGUGUCGUGGACUGAUGAUCUCAGCUGUGUGUUUGGGAUUUUUUGGAGCUAUCCUGGCACUAGUGGGCAUGAAGUGUACUAAAAUAGGGGGAUCAGAGACCACCAAAGCCAGGAUCACCUGUCUGUGUGGACUACACUUUAUUCUCAGUGGAAUCUGCUCUAUGACCGCCUGCUCUCUCUAUGCACACCGGAUAACAUCAGAGUUCUUUGACCCCUUAUUUGUAAAACAGAAAUUUGAACUUGGGGCGGCGCUCUUCAUUGGCUGGGCAGGAUCUGUUCUCAGCAUUCUUGGAGGAUUGAUCUUUUGCUUUUCCAUGACUGAGGGAUUCAGCAUCAG